UAUCGUGUUUGUCUCUUAAAUUUCGGGUCACAUUAAACGGUGUAAAUUUGCAACCGGGUGAACCCCACACGUCGUUUCGUGUUGGGAUCCCGCCGUCUGAAACAAUGCUUAAUGGUAGCACCCAUUGUAAAAUAAAACACAUUGCUCAUCGUCUGUACCUUUAUUUACGUUUUCUACUGUAAUCGAUCUGGCAGACGAUGGCAUUUAGUUGAACACUGGAUAGAUAGACAAACAGACAAGGCCGGCAUGUUUACUGACGUUUCUUUGCUGGUCUUCGUCUGCUACAAUCGCUCGACGGACGACGAAGCCAGGCACCCGCGAGCAGCGACACUACGAGUCAGUAUCAUCUUCUGCACAGGACUCGUAGUGGUUGUAGCAACUAGCAUAAGUAAGUUGGUGGUUAGCCAACCGCCUGCAGUGGCCGUGUGUCCGACGGACAGUUAAAAGCUCGUAGCGAGAGUCUCGACACAGGACUGCUAAUUUAAACGUCACGGACAACGCUAACGAUAUUUUUGCUGGUUGCUACGGCAAGCGGCAUUAGUAAAACGACAGAUGUGAUACCGGCCGGCAAUACAGGCGAUUUCCAAAUGUAGUCAAGUCAGUGUGGGGGUUCUAUCAGCACUAUCUAGAGCUGCCAGUGUCUUAACUCGCUCUAUAAUUGCUAGUAUUGUUAUUCCACGGAAGAAAGGGCUCUGCGUCGUUGCGUUAGUGCUUAUGCGUGACAAACUGGCUUGUAGUGACAGUGUGAACUUCUGCUGAGCACGCGAAGUUCACUCGUUGGAUCAGGAAGGAUGGCAUGCAAAUGGCUAGCGACACUACAGUGUAUAGCAACAGUCGGGGUCGUACUUGCCGAAGACAAACUCUUCAAGGGCCAAUCUGUAGUGAGCUUAGAUAAAGCGGCUUACGAGGCAGGCAUCGUUAUGGAUAAACCCUAUUUUGUUAAGUUCUACGCUCCGUGGUGUGGCCACUGUCAACGUUUGGCACCUACCUGGGAACAGCUGGCUGACAAGUUUGUCGACAAAGAUAAGGUAAUCAUUGCAAAAGUCGAUUGUACCGAAGAGCCCGAAAUCUGUACUGACCAUGAGAUCCAGGGGUACCCAACAUUGAAGUUCUUCAAGGCUGGCCAGAAAAAGAAUGGUGAAAAGUACCGCGGCUCCCGGGAGUUGGAGGCUCUUUCAUCGUGGGUACUCGAGAAAAUUGGCUCAAAGAAGCCUGAAAAACAGCCAGUUGAAGGGCUGGUUGAAUUGACCGAUGCUACGUUUGAUGCGCAUAUUGCCAGCGGGAAGCAUUUCGUAAAAUUCUUUGCGCCAUGGUGCGGUCACUGCCGAAACCUCGCUCCGACGUGGGAAAAGCUGGCCGAGAAAUAUGCCUCCUCGAAGGACGUCACUGUCGGCAAAGUCGAUUGUACUGUGCAUGUUGACCUGUGCAAGCGCUUUGAGGUGCGCGGCUAUCCUACGCUGCUGUUCUUGCAAAAUGCUGGCAAAGCGGUCGAAAAGUACCAGGGAUCAAGGACUUUAGAUGACCUAUCUAACUUUGUCGACAAAAUGGUCAAGGAGGAUCCGAAGAAAGCUGUCCCGACUGAGUCCGCUCCCCUUUUACUUACGGAGGAUACCUUCGACUCGGAGAUUAGCGCCGGUGUUACCUUUGUCAAAUUUUUCGCUCCGUGGUGCGGACAUUGCCGAAAUCUUGCUCCUGUUUGGACGGAUCUUGCGCGUAAAGUCGACAAUGCCAAAAUAGCUAAAGUGGAUUGCACGCAGCACGACAACCUUUGCACAAACAAUGAGGUGCAGGGCUAUCCGUCUUUGAUUAUUUUCAAAGACGGCAAACGAGUGGAAGAAUACAGUGGCUCGAGAGACAUUGAUGAUCUGAAGGACUUCGUGGAUCGGCACGCUAAAGAUUCAAGCAAAGAUGAGCUGUAAGAGUUCGUUAACUAUCUGUUUAGUUGAUCUAGAUUUUAACUAGAUUGGUCCAAAAGAAUAUCACGAGAUUAAGAAGAUUGAAAAUGUUGGUCAUAGGCAUUAUCGAGGAGCGGGUAAACAAUUUUCUUCUAUUGUUUUCGUCGGAUGAAGUCCUCGAUCAGUGCAACUCUUUCAGCUGGUCAAAAUGUUUCGUUUGUUUCAUUCAUAACAAACAACCCAUAGCGUGCUAGUAACGUUCAACAGUGUUUUCUAAACGCGCUUUUUUCAUUCAUAUAAGUAGCGCGCAUUUCCCUCUACCAGCGUCGCCAGUGCUAAUAUGGUGAUGCUAUCCCUAUUCUACUAAUUCAAUUUUUCGUUUUCAUAUCUCCAUGUGUGACGUGAUAGGCAGCAAACAAAGUAUAUACAUAUGUAAUACAAGCCGAUCUCUGUCAUCUCUCUAGUUGAUAAAUGGUUGUAUGUAAAAAGCGUACGUCCUCUUGACCUGGGCUGGCCUACGUCGAUUUUGCGACCAUAGCGAUUGAUUGACUUGUGUAUGUGUAGAUAAUUCAUAAGUUAGAGUCGAUCGGUUGGGGUAAUCUAACAUGACAGUAACGACACUGCUUGCGUUAUUGACAAAUUAAAAUAGCAAAAUUAAAUAGUUCUUUUUGCUAUAGCUAUUGCGUGGUUUAUACGCAUAGAAGCCAUCACGUGAUUCCUUCCUGUACGUUUCCCGCUGUACUCGUUAAUCAUUAGCGUCAUUCAUUAGCCUGAGAAUCACAAAGGAAUCCAUAGUAUAAGAUUAAAAAGGCGUGGCCCCAUUGAGUUUACGUGACGAAACUGGGAGCGACUGUAGUCAGAAUAUACCAUCGAAAUAUUGUGUACCGACAAUAAUGGCCAACUUAACUAAAUUUACUUGCUUAAAAUGAAUCAAUGAUAAUUCGCAUCUUGACUAUACCCGUAUACAACGAUCAACAGCACCGUGCUACACGCAUCAGAGAAAAUAUUUUGUUGCUUUUACCUACGGAUACAUUACCGUUGAACGGAGCGCAUUUUUACUACUAUUGUCGUUUUGAAGGUCGCGCCCUUUGCGUGUACUUAGCUCAAUCACUUUAUAAUAUGUCAAUAUAGUAUAGAUAAUAUUAUAUGCUUCGAACGUAAUCUUUGUAGGUAAGUGGUGUGGUUUUUUCGCCGUGUGCACGUGCGGAAUUUCCUGUGAUGUUAUUAUUUGCGAUGUUUUCUGUCAUACAUUUCAAUAGAAAUAAGUUCGUGUAUAGUGGUUUUAAAUAAUGAAUACUAAUCAUGUUGAUAUUUCAUACAGUUUUUGUGCAUUUAUGAACACAUCCAAAGCUGAUAUUUAUCAAUUUUAACAGAAUGCAAACGGAACGGUAGCUUAUUGGAUUAAAAGCUAAAAGUUGUAAAGGUUCAAGCGGAAUUAAAUAAAAUUUGAAAUAAAAAAAACCCUUAUA